UUCACAAGGUUUGGCCUCCAAGUCCAUGCUCGUCCUAGCAGGUUGCCAACGUCACCAUAGUUGCAUCGGGCCUCUCCGGGUCCAGACUCUGAUGCGGCCUAGGCCCUACUGGCAUUUUACUCACUGGCAUUGUUGGGCGCAGAGACAUGUGAUGGCUCGUUAGUUUUCGGCGGGCGAUGUUGACAACCAAGCAAGCGCGACUACUCAAGGACAAAAGCCUGAUUCAACGUGCCGGAGCCAAAAGUCCAGGUCAAAUCCUAAUCCACCGCCCUCGGCCGCUCUAUAUACUUCUCUCUCGCAUCGGAAAGCCUCAACAGUGAAUCAACCCGGGUGGAUAAAAAGAAGCCAUUCUGUUCCCAGCAAUGUGCCACCUCGCCACCUUUCGCCACGGAUGCGGACAUUGGACUCUCUUCCAGCUGCACUGCGACAGGGGGCAGGACCAGCUCUGUGACAAGGGGCAGACCGAGGUGAUUGCGCGGUACAGGACGGGAUUGCAAUGCCUCGACUGCUUCGACCGAGAGUGCACAAUCCCACAUACUAAACCACGACUCCAAAGGGAGAUUUUGGACGAAAACCGGCUUGCACGAACAGAUGACUCCCUCGCGACCCUUGCCCGAAAAGCCGCGUCAGGCAGCCUCUCGCCCGAGACCUGUGCCUCUCUGACGUGCAACAUUGCCGCGCAGGACCGCGCGCUCGAGGAGCAGGCCCGCGUGGCGCGGCACCGCCGGCGCGGCGAGAUUGUGCUGGCCCGCCGCUGGGCUGGGCAGCACGCCCGCGCAUUUCUUGCUGCCCGGUCCCGCCACCACCACCACCGCCGAGGGCUCGGCGUGGCCCUCGUUCCGGGUUGUGUUGGAGGAAGAGCUGGAUCUCAGAAUCAGAGUCAGGGCUCGGGUUCGGGACGCAGUCGAGAGCAGCCAGGUCUAAGUCGGGGCCUCAGUCUGAGCCUGAGGCUGGGUGGUGGUCAGCCUCAAGGUCGAGAUCAAGGCCGGGGUGAUGGGCGGAAUGGGAAUUGGAAUGGUGCUGGUGCUAACGCAGAGAUUAUGCAACCUCGCGCACAGCCCACGGGUUGAUGAGGCAAAGCAACUCUCCGUCUCUCAGCCUCCUUGGGGUAGCUAGCUACCCACCCACGCCCACGGGUUGAUAAGGCAAAGCAACUUUCCAUCUCUCAGCCCCCCUGGGGUAGCUAGCUACCCACCCACGCCCAUAGCCAAGUGGGCAGGAGCGUCCUUUAAUCCCUCCUCACCUAAA